AGUUACGUAAGGAUUUUUUAUCUGUAGUGAAUAUAGAUUUUUAUCGUAUAUUUGUGUAGAUGACAAAAGAAGUCGUGCUAGUCGUAGCCGUAUUUCUCACAAAUUAUCCUGAGAGCUCAUGAUGUUUGAUAAAGAAAUUUGCUGUUUAUUGGAACAUGCUCUCGGUGAAAAAAUGGAUAACUUGACAGUGAAUAUACAUGAUAGCAACAAAAAAGGUGCAGGUUACUUGGGUAAUUUGUGUUUCAUAACCUUGAAGAACAAACAAACAAAUGAAGAGACGCACUUAGUGCUUAAGCAAGUCAUGUCCAGUGGUGGUCCCAAAUCCCUAGAAUUCAAUUCCACAGUUUUCCACAAUGAGAUGCUCUUUUACAAUAACAUAUGGCCUUUCCUGCUGAAUUUUCAACAUGUUACGACAGGGAAUGUGCUCAAUAUUAUUCCAAGGUGCUACGCGUCAUGUUCAAAAAAGGGAACUGAGAAACUCAUACUGGAAAACCUCAGUUUCCAAAGUUUUCACGUGUGCGAUAAAACAGUGCCUCUGGACAAAGCCCACCUGGAGUAUAUUUUCAAAACUUUCGGGCAGUUCCAUGCCAUGUCUUUUGCUUGUAAGGCCCUGAAUCCAGAAAAGUUUGACGAACUGACGGCGCCUUUGAAAAAUAUUUUCGACUACUUCUUGAACGGCACUCUUUUUUUCAAAAACUCUAUGAAUCGCUGUUUCAAAUUCAUCUGGGAUCAUUUGGAAUCUAAUACGCCCGAGACGCUUUCAAGUAAACUAAGAGAAUAUAGUGAAGAUGGACCAAAUCUUUACUCGAGGAUUAUGAAUUAUAACGGAAGAAAUCAAGUUCUACUCCAUGGAGAUUGUUGGAGUAACAAUAUGAUGUUCAAAACGGAUGGUCAUGGAAAAGUAGUAGACAUGAGACUGAUUGAUUUCCAAAUGAUUAGAAAAGGAACCCCAGUUUUCGACCUAUCGUACUGCUUCUAUUCCUCCGCAUCCAAAGAGUCACUGAGGGAGCUAGAAUUCUUUCUGAAAAUAUACCAUGAUAGUCUCUCACAGUGUCUGAAGACCUACAAUUGCGAAGCUGAAAUGAUGUACCCCUUUGGAGUGUUGAAAAAAGAGUGGAAGGAAUACUGUAAAUUCGGUUUCAUGAUGGGAAUGAUAUGCUGGGAGCAAAAAUUGAGAUACGAAGUUGGAAUCAGAGACUUGAGUAAAAUCAUUGAUGGCGAUAAAUCUGAAAUGCAGAAACCUCGUUUGUUUGAUGCGGAAAAGUACAGGAAUAUUACUAGGGACGUUUUGGAUCACAUGUACUGUAAUGAUUUUUUGUAAAAGAAGUUUGACCAACAAAAUUCCACUAACAUAAAAAAUUAUAACUAUUGAUAACAAAAACCAAGGACCCUGUAUGUUAUACAAUCUACAGUAUCACAGUGAGUUUCUAUUAAAAAGUGAAUAAUCAAUGAAUAA